GAACUCCGGUCGAAGCGGCGGCGAUCUGGACUGUACCGACUCUGAAGUGCUCCCGGACGCUCCGGUGGCAUGCUGGCCCCAUUAUCUAGCUGCACCUUUCCCCCCACAGUCGCAGCCGCCGCCGUCUCCGGUAGCUGAUUGUCGCCUUCGAGAUCCUCCGCAGUGGCCGCCGCAUCGAGACUAAUCGGCUGCAUUCGUCAGUGCCACUGACUCAGUGGCGAACAAGAACAGCUUACGCAGGACUAAAUCAGGUAGGCGGACUAGUCCACUGCACCGUGGACUCAAGCGAGCGGCAGUACUACCUGCGGCCGUUGCACUCCAUUCCAGAAUCCAGACCAUGGGCCAGAACACAACUUCUUCAGUUGACAAGCCUACAUCGGAGACCUCGUCGAGAUGCCUGAUAGAGUGUGUCACUGGCGCCCACAACUUCGAAGUGACUAGGUUCUCGCUGCUCCAGGGUAUGGGUGCCGGCAAGUUUGUUAGCUCGAGCACAUUCAGUGUCAGUGGCUACGACUGGAAUAUCAGGGUUUACCCUGAUGGCUUGAAGGAGGACAACCCUGUCUACAUGUCGGCCUUCUUGCGUCUCUGCAGUGGGACAACUGAUGUGAAUGUGAAGUGCACUUUCAGUUUAUUGGAGAAAGAUGGAAGAGCUACUAAUCUAGAGAGCCUGACACAUACCUUUCAGGCGGUAGGUGGUUCUUGGGGUUGGUCCAAGUUCAUUGAGAAGUCCAAGCUGCAAGAACUACUGGAUCGCAAUGACGACCGCGUCACAAUCAGAUGUGUUCUUACUGUCAUAAAAGAGCCUCGCACAGAAGAUGUAAGCAUGAUCCUAGUCCCAGUCCCGCAGUCGGAUCUGCACACACACUUUGCAAACAUGUUGAAGGAUGGAGAAGGUGUGGAUGUGACAUUCAGUGUCGCCGAUCAGCUCUUCAGUGCACAUAGAUACGUGUUAGCCGCCCGAUCGCCAGUCUUCAAGGCCGAGCUCUUUGGUGAAAUGAAGGAGACCACCAUAAAAUGCAUCAAGAUCGAUGACAUGGAACCUGCCAUCUUCGAGGCACUUCUUAACUUCAUAUACACUGAUUCACUGCCAAGCAAUUUUGAUGUAGAUAAAAAUGUGGCACUCCAGCACUUGUUGGUUGCCGCAGAUCGGUAUGGACUGGACAGACUAAAGGCUAUUUGUAAAGGCUAG